GCUUUUAGUCUACUUUGAAACGAAGAAAUGACUACCUGCACGCGCAACGGCUGCGGCAAGACAUACGACGAGGCCACAAACACGGCCAUGUCCUGCCAGUACCACACGGGGCAGCCAAAGUUCCACGAGGGCCGGCGCGGGUGGACAUGCUGCCCAGCGCGCGGCCCGCACGCCCACACGCCCAAAAACGACCCCUUCAAGGCCGACCUGACCAAAUACGACGACGUGCUGCCGGAGCCGGUCAAGAAAGCUGAAGCAACCCCCGAGAAGGAAGCCGAGAAGGAGCCCGAAAAGGAGCCCGAGCCGGUCAUUGAAGAGGACCCGGUAGAUGCGGUGGUGCCCGCAGGCGCUACUUGCAAGCGCAGCGGCUGCAACAGAAAAUACGAUGGCCCGUCUUCGUGCGUGUUCCACCCGGGCCACGCCGUGUUCCACGAGGGCCGCCAGGGCUGGUCGUGCUGCCGCGCACGGGCCACGGGCUUCGACGAGUUCCUGCAAAUCCCGGGCUGCACCACCGGCCGCCAUUUGUUCAUAGGCAAGGCGGAGCAGGCCAAGUGCCGCAUGGACUUCUUCCAGAGCAGUGCCAAGCUGGUGGUGUCGGUUUAUGCGCGCAAGCUCGACAAGCAGAAAAGCAAGGUGGUGGUAGAAAGGCAGUCGCUUUCCCUGCAUGUCGAGUACAUGGACGGCAAGGUGUAUGACGACGUAAUCGAGCUGUUCGCCGAGGUCGACCCGGAAAACUCGACGUUUGAACUGCUGACGACCAAGAUCGAGAUUUCGCUGGCCAAGGCUGCGCCUGGCGAGUGGCCGCGCCUCGCAUCCAAAUGA